UUAAAGGCCAUCAACAAAAACAAAAAACGUCUAAAAAGAGCAGAGGUAGAGUACCCACCAAUUAAUUCACCUUGACUCCAUAAACAAAUAUCUCUAACCAAUCACAUCCGUUACUCUCAUUUAUAGAUUGCAGAAUUUGCAGCAUGGAGUUUGAAGGUGCUUACUCAUCUUCUCUACCUCCAGUUUAGACUCCACUAGGAAUUUGGUCUUCCUUGCAGAACAAUAAUGGAGCAACCACCAUAUUGGAUGUGGACUAGGAAGAGACACGGCUUCGGUAAUUCUCAUCUUCGAGCUUCUUCAACGACUAACUCAACAUAUGAUGAUUCGUGGGAAGAGCAAGCCUUUGCGGAAGAUGCAGCUGGGGCACUUGGAGGGUGUAUAUGGCCUCCAAGAUCUUAUUCUUGUAGCUUCUGUAGAAGAGAAUUCAGAUCAGCCCAAGCUCUAGGUGGCCACAUGAAUGUUCACAGGAGAGAUAGAGCCAGGUUGAAGCAAUCUUUAUGUCAGGACAAUGAAAUUGUUCACCAAGAAAAUCAAGAUCAUCACACUCACAUUCAAAACCCACUCUCGAGUUUUGAUUUUCAGUAUCCAUCUCAGACUUGUGCUUUGGUUUAUAGUUCUAACCCUAAUUCUGAUCAUGGUGUUCUUGCGUCCUCCUUGUCCUCACCUUCCAGUGUUUCAGCUCCUCAUAAACGAGGGAAAUACCCCGAACAUACUUUCUUCCCUCCUCUUGCUUCUCCUGUUAUCCAAGAAGAGUCAAACAAGUCCCUUGUUUCUUCAACAAAAUCUAAGUCAUACACUUUUGCAGAGAAACAUGAGCAAUUUUCUGAUCCCAGAUUAACCGAAGGCCAAGAAAACUCAAGAAUAUUAGAAUCAGCCAAGCUGGAGUACCCCAAGAAUGACAUGUCUCUGAGCUUGAAUUUGGUGGUUCAUCGGAGUUGUUCGACAGUGGUGGGUGGUAAGGAGGAGAGUAUAGGCCGCAAGAAGAGGAAAAGAUUUGGUGCAUCAUCACAACCUUUCUUUCUACAGCCAGGUUCAGAUUAUGAGCAUCAUGAUAUCCAGCCAGAGAAACUUGAACUUAGCCCUAGAUCGUUUGAUGAUUUAGAUCUUGAGCUCAGGCUUGGAGAACCGCCCAAGGUGAAGUAA